CGUGCCUUAUGGAAAUUUCGGAAACUCUUCAAAAUAUAAAUAAAACAACUUUAAUAAAUGAGGGGCUUAUGAAGAUUAGUACAUAACUACGUAUAGUCAGUGUAAUAUUUUGAUUUGUGCUACUUAACGCACUACAUUAUCCAGCACAGGUGCCUUGCCGGGCACUUGUUAGCGGAUAGCAGUGCCGACUGCAGGAGGGGAUCUACGAAGCUGCUUGUUGGAGUGUGCCCAGUAAUUUGAAACGCAUCCCUCGUUUACAACUAUAUAAGUUAGCAUUAACAUAUUGUUGCAGCAUGCGUCAGUACCUCUAUUUGUGACCUUCUAGAAAAUGUAAUGCAGUGACAACAGAAUUAAGGACAAUCGAAAUGGCAGCCCAUGUUAGCGAACUCGAAGUUGCCAAGAAGAACUUAACAGAGGCCAUUGGGGAUAAUGUGAAACAGUACUGGGCAAACCUAAAACUAUGGUUCAAACAGAAGAUCAGCAAGGAGGAGUUUGAUAUCGAGGCAAGGCGACUCCUCGCACAGGACAAUGUGCACGUUCAUAAUGACUUCUUGCUGGCCAUUCUUACACGUUGCCAGAUAAUAGUGUCUGCACCAGAGGGUGCUGGAUCCCUACAGUGGGCAGGAGGCUCUGCCUCAAAACCUGGCAAACCAAAAGGGAAGAAGAAGUUCUCCUCUGUCAGACAGAAGUUUGAUCACCGCUUCCAGGCCCAGAACCCCCUAAGUGCGGCCCAGCCCUUCAGCCCCCGUGAGGCGGGGCUUGGUGAGGAGGAGGAGCUACGCCUGAGCGCCCACACCCUGCUCCUGCCCACGCGUGGCCAGCUAGAGGCCCGUACCAUGGUGACCGCCUUUGAGCUGGGCCUGGACAACGUCAACGAGGACGCUGUGAGCAUGCUGGUCUACGCUGUGGAGGUUCACCUAAAGGACGUCCUGACAGCGGUGAUCUCCCGCAGGAAGGCCUACCGCCUGCGCGAUGGGCUCUUCCCCUACGCCUUCGGCAGUGACAUCACGCCUCAGCCCUACCUGAAGAACAGCGUAGCGGCUUACCACGCCGUCACAGAGUGUCCACCUCCCAGUGCGUCUCUUCCGGCUGGCCCGCCCCCCCAGGUGUCCCCUGACGAGGCCGAGCAGCAGGCCGCGCUCCUGCUGGCGUGCUGUGGUCACUCCCUCCCUGCCCCACUGCCCCCCAUCAGCAUCGCCGAUCUGCUGGAGGCCCUACAGGUACAUCGGCGAGUAGUUCCCUCGCACACUGUUUACGCCCUCAGCAUCGAGCGCAUCCUGGCCAGACUCUGGCACCCCAGCCACGAGGAGCUGGAGCAGGACCAGGUACACCGCCAGCACCUCGCCAACAAGGAGGGCCUACUCAUCUACUGAACACAGCCAUCACCUGCCCAACAAGGAAGGCUCACAGAUCUACUGAACAAAGCCUUCGAUCUCCUGAGCACGGCUGUGGGGGUCUAAGAUACUGACUGAGAGAACUUGUUUCACACCCAGCCUGCCUCCACCUGUGGGACCCAGCAACGCGUUUACAUUUUAACACUUCCACCGGAUGCACAUCACCCUGGGAACAGCGCCACCGUGUGGCGAUUUUGCUGCCCGCCACUCCCAGCUAUAGAGACUGGGGACUUUUGUGUAUUCCAGGGAGGCGUGCAUGGCUGAAAUGAUUUUGGCUGAGCACAUGCUACAGAUUAUGAACGUCAUCUGAGAUAAUCCUGCCUCCUCUGUGGGAAUUGAACAGGGGGUGAGGGCUCCUCUAGUGGACUGAAGAGCGCACAGUUGGGUAUAGCCAGAUUCAGAACUGGGGGGGAUCUCCUUGAAACUCCUGUUAUAGGUGUGUGUUCACAAGGGAAACACUUCAUAGGGGAAGCAUUUUUGAGUUCUCUUUGCCUGUUUUCUUUUCUAUUUUCUCUGUUUAGCAGGACUAUUGUUGGUGUAUCACAGUGCUAAUGCUGGCUUCCAUGGGUCAUGUUCAAAGUAGCUCUUUUAAAGAUGUCUCGUCAUGGAUGCUCUUAUAGGAUAUUUUUCUCACAAGUACCAAAUCCUUUCAGAUGCUCUUUGACCUCACCCAGAAAAUGUAAAUUUUAUAUGCAAAUCUGAGUACAAUAACAGUGGUAGCCUAUAAAAUAAAAAAUAUGCAGAAUAACAAAAUGUAGGCUUUCUGUCUUUCAGGCUAGGAACUCAAAGAAUAACCUUUUGAGCACACCCAAAUUUGAUGACGUGCUCACUAAAAGAAAAAGAAAGUUUCACACUCCUUAGUGUAAUCACAUUUAUUAUUUUACAAAUAUUCGACAUUACAUGACUUUAUUAGGAUGUAACACCAGACCAUUCAGUGAUACCACUGUUAUAAACAAAACAAUUACAAAGGUUCUAAAUAUAACUGAAUAAAUUAAAUAUUCCCAAACAUUAAAAAAAUGUAUUUACUUGACUAGGAGGAACUGUGCAGAGGAUAUUUUGUCUGCCCUUUUAUGUCCAGGAAAAGCUUUGUUUGCUGAAGGAAAGUACUGAGUAAAGUUUCUUAU